AUGCCGAUGCAGGAUGCGGAUGGUGAGAAUGCGAAUCGGCAAGAGAACCGUCUAGACCGUGCGAGCAUCAUCAAGCACUUUCGCGAACAUGGGCCUCGGGCUACAUACUUGGCUUCUUCCCGUGACGUCACAUUGUCUACCGGGCAACGGGCGCGGUUGGUCUAUGUUCUCCCCAAGUACAAGCUUCACCUGGCUUCGACGCGGCCGGGGGACAUGAGAGCCGCUUUGCACUUGGCUCUAGCAUGUUCAGAGCGUGAGGUGCGACAGGCCUGCAGCAAUGUCAGGACCAAGAGCUAUGAUUUAUUCAGGCACAUCUACCUUGUUCAAACUUUUUCUGUAGUCUACAUCACAGCCGAUGGAGACGCGGUGGAUGCUCACGUGGACUUCGUCAAGUGCGGAGGCUACUCGGAGCAUGCCCUCUUCAUCGCUGGCCUGGUGAGUAAGGAAGGUUUCCAAAAGCUUCCGAAGGGGCCUUUGCACUCGCAGCCAGUGAAACGAGUCAUGGGCAAGGCGAAAAGGUCCGAGGCCACGAAGCGCAUGCUGGCUGCACCUGAGGCCAAGACGCAGCAAGACGAGCCCGACCUGCCUGUCAGCGAUGUUGCAGCCGAGCGCUUCUUGCCUGGCUCUGCAGCAAAGAACGCCAAGUCUCACUGCAUGGCUGCUGGGGACGAGGCUGAUGGGCUUUGUUUGGCCACCGUCCUGAAGGGUGGUCGUUGCAAGCGCCGCCGUGUCAAUGGCAACUUCUGUCGGCAGCACGCGGCUGAUGCUUCAAGCCCGGAUAAACUGAAGACUUUCUUUGGCUCGCUCCAAGACAGCUUCGAAAGCGCUGCUGACAGGUUCGAGCGGCAAGAGGUGGCGCUGGCAAUGCAGCUGUCGCUGCAGGACAACAAAGACUUGGCUGCGCGACUGGACAGGAGCCGCCGUGUUCUCAAGCUACGUCUGGACCCUUUGGGCUUGGACCGUGUGAGCACGGAGCCAGAUGGCUCGUGCCAAUUCCAAGCUGUCCUGCUGUCGGCUGGAAUACCGAUGAAUGCGUAUUCCUUCCGCACACAGGUGGUGGGCUACCUUCGGGCCUUUCCUGACUUGUUCCAAAAGGACAUCGAAGCGAAGUUUGCUUCUUACAGCGCUUAUCUGGACUAUAUGUCAAGGCCUGAUGCUUGGGGGGAUGACCUCACGUUGGUUGGUGCUGCCCAUCUCUUGCUUCGCCGAAUCAAGGUGAUUUCAGAUUAUGACUUGGAGGGCGAACGCAUGUUCACGCCGCCUCCCAUGAUAUCGUCUGAUGUUUGGGGUGAUGAUGUGUAUAUAUGCCACAUGUUGCAGAACCACUUCGAGGCCACGUGCCCAAAAUUGCCUCAAGCUCCAAGAGCCAAGGCAGAAGUCUAG